CUAGGAAUGAUCGAGGAACACAUGGUGUACAAGGCAGAGAUUGUAGGAAUGAUUUUGGCGGUACAGAUACUAAAGGAGGAGAGAGGUCAAAGGGGAGGCACUAUGUCACUGGGAGUGAACAACCAGGCAGUGAUCCAAGCCACCAUCACAUUUCAGUCCCAGCCAGGACACUACCUGGUGGACAAAACACUCACAAGCAAGGACAACAACCAGCUUAUCAUAAGAUGGUCCCCAGGGCAUGUAGGAAUUAAAGGGAAUGAAGCAGCUGAUAAAGAGGCCAAGAAAGCAGCAUUAGGAGAUUUGUCAAGUGCACAAGAGCUGCCCAAAUCACUUCAA